AUGUUCAAUAGCAUAGAUCCAGACGAAAUAAUCCCCAAUCUUUACCUAGGAAGUAUUGAAGCAGCCUGCGACUCUCGGCUAUUACAGAGUCUAGGGAUCAACAUUAUAAUCCAAGUUUUAGAAGAUCCAAGAGAAUGCAGGGUUUUUGACCAAUUUCAAUACUAUCAGAUAAGGAUUGGAGACUGGCCAACUGCAAAUAUCACGAAAUAUUUACCUAAUGCUAUUAGAUUUAUACACAGAAAUCUAAAUGAAGGAAAAAAAAUUUUUGUUCAUUGCGUCGCCGGAGUUUCAAGGAGCGCGACGAUUGUUAUUGCGUAUAUGAUGGCUUUGAGGAAAUGAGAAUAUGAGGAAGCAAUUAAGUAUGUGAGGAGUAAAAGAAGUAGGGUAGCGCCUAAUAAUGGGUUUGAGAUGCAGCUGAGAUGUAUUGAAAAAGAAAUGCUGUAUGAAGCUUUAGAAUUUUAA